AUGAGAACCUGUGUGGAAAUCAUUCUUGGGUUGCUAGCAGUGGCAAAGACUUUGCUACAAGGUAGCAGUGAAAAGGUAGACGCACUAGCGGCAUUACAGUCAGGUCCUCCUUCCUUGCCACUGGGAGAUAUAUACAGAGAUUCGUACAAUGAAAUUGAAUACUUAAAAAUUUACCUGAGUCACUUCGUCGGUCCAAACACGCACCUUUUCAAGGAUGCAGUGAUACAGGAAAUAGACGAUUUCCAGGUCAAGAUCAGCAAAGAAUACAUGCUGCUGUUCAAGGAAGCAUUUCCUCAUCGGGCAAACGAGCCUUUCGGAAUCACAGAGGUACAGCAUGAAAAGUCAUGGGAAAACGUGGACAGCCUUCUACAAAAGCUGGACGCAUUGAACUGGAAAAUCACGCACUGGGCAGAUCGGGUCGCAUUUGUCGACCUCAAUCAGGCUGACAUCCGCAGAGCUAUUUUAGCAAAGGGCGAAAUACUCUGGGCUCGACAAUUUCAGGAUAUCAAGAGACGUAUUGAUGAAAUACUGACGCAGUUUGCGUACAGAGGGCAUCCAUUAAAAUAUGUUGGGAGUCUGAAUAAUGGCACUCGAGGGGCACAUAAGGCAAGGACAGUCAUUAAUAUCAAUGACUUUGAUGUCGACCUGUUUGUCGUGCAUCCGGUUGAAUGGCACAGACAUCUGCCGGUUAUUCUGGAGCAGUUCCCAGAAAAUUUCAGCAAUGGAAAGAUAUUUCCAUUGGGAACACAUAUGCAGGACCUGCAGGACCUCAGCCAUGCUGUGGGUAGGGCUCUGGCAAGAGAACUUAAGGACUAUGUGAAGGAUGCGUGGAAAUUUAUUGAUAAUACUGAAAUCGUGCUUCGGGAGCGAGACUCUUUCUAAAAGUGCGUACUGUGCAUACUUGUAUGUUAACGAAGGUCGCGCAUGGACUUGUGCGGCCCCAGGUCCCAGGAUCGCCAGGUCAUCCUAAAGCAGACCACUCUCUGCAUAUUCCUUUAU